AUGUCGAAGCUUCCGCCUGUUGUUAUUGACAAUGGUACCGGCUACACCAAGAUGGGGUUCGCUGGAAACACAGACCCGCAGUUUGUCAUCCCGACCGUCAUCGGGCUGCCAAACAAGUCGCGCUACGGCAUCGCGUCCAAGCGCGGCAUCGAGGAUCUGGACUUCCACAUCGGUGACGAGGCGACAAAGAACUCAAAGGCGUACGGUCUGGACUACCCGAUCCGCCACGGCCAGAUCGAGAACUGGGACCAUAUGGAGCGCUACUGGGAGCAGAGCAUCUUCAAGUACAUGCGGUGCGAGCCCGAAGACCACUAUUUCCUGUUGACCGAGCCGCCCCUCAAUGCGCCCGAGAACCGCGAGCAGAUGGCCGAGAUUUUCUUCGAGUCGUUCAACGUGCAGGGCAUGUACAUUGCGGUGCAGGCUGUGCUUGCACUGGCUGCCAGCUGGACCGCCAAGAACUCGCAGCAGACGCUGACGGGAACCGUCAUCGACAGUGGAGACGGUGUCACUCAUGUCAUUCCCGUCGCCGAGGGCUACGUGCUGGGCUCCAGCAUCAAGCACAUUCCUAUUGCUGGCCGCGACAUCACCGGCUUUGUGCAGCAGCUGCUGCGCGACCACGGCGAGACCAGCAUUCCGCCCGAGGACUCGCUGGAGAUUGCACGCCGCAUCAAGGAACAGUACUCGUACACGUCGCACGACAUGGCCAACGAGUUUUUGAAAUUCGACCAGGAUCCGGUAAAGUACUACCAGCAGUUUGACGCCGUCAACAGCGUCAACCAGCACACGUACAAGGUUGAUGUUGGCUACGAGCGCUUCCUGGCGCCCGAGGUGUUCUUCAACCCGGAGCUCGUGAGCUCGGACUUUUUGACGCCCCUGCCGGAUGUCGUCGACACUUGCAUCCAGGUCAGCCCCAUCGACACCCGCCGCGGCCUGUACAGCAACAUUGUGCUGUCGGGCGGCUCGACCAUGUUCAAGGGCUUCGGUAAGCGUCUUCAGCGCGACAUUAAGCGCAUUGUCGACGGCCGCAUCAAGAAGAGCGAGGACCUGAGCGGCGGCAACUUGCAGGCGCGGCCUAUUGAUGUCAAUGUCAUUGCCCACAAGAAGCAGCGGUAUGCUGUGUGGUUCGGCGGCAGUAUCAUGGCCUGCACCGACCAGUUCUACCAGUUCAGUCAUUCCAAGGCCGAGUACGAGGAGUACGGCCCCAGUAUCUGCCGUCACAACCGCGUGUUUGACUCGCUGGCCUAA